CUUAUCAACGUUAAAUAUAUUAAAUUUGUGGUAUUUUUAAUAAAUUCUUAGAAAGAAAGUUAAACAAUUGACAAGAGAUUGUUCAAAAACUGACAUACAAUGAGCGAAAUGCGUUUAAAAAAUACGCUAAUUAUGGCAGGAAGAAGAUAGCUUUAAAACAAAUAUUUAUUUUUUGUACAAGAUAUAAUAAUAAUAAUAACAAUAAUAAUAUAUAAUAAUAAUAGUAUCUCAAUGUUUAUGCUAUUGCAUCACCAUAAUGUUGAUCUUAUUCAUGGAAAAGGGGAUCAAGGUUAACCUCAACCAGUAUAUCAUUAAUGUAUCUUCAUUUCCGGCCACGUAAAGGAAACACGAGAUUCUGACGCAAGAAAGAGGAAGUAUAUGUCCUCGUCGAAUUUGUAGCUUAUAAAAGCGUCUCGACGAGGUUUGAUCUUUAAUAACCAUAUAAGCAUGUUCGAACGAUCUUUUAGACGAUUUGUUCUACUUUGUCUGUUCGUGAAUGCGAUCUCUGGAUCGCCACAGUUACGAAGGUGGGACGAAGAAGAGCGAACGAGAAAUCUGAGGCAUGCUUCCUGUCCCUCGUGUCGUCGAGAACGACCAGACACCCUGGUUUCAUGGGACACGUCCAGAAGAGAGUAUCAUGGACUCGAGCCAGAAAGCAGUCCUUGGCAGAGCAGCGAAUCAUUUAGACGUAACCCAAUCUUCCAGCAACCCUACAAUUCUCCAUUCAAUGACCCAUACGAUAGAGCCUCGUAUGAUAGAGCCAUCAGAAGCAGAGGGACCCCACCUGUCACUAAAUCAACAGCCACCUGCAAACGCGAGAAUCCCUUUACCAUCGGACGAGAUUUCGAUUUUGACGUGGCUUCUUCGCAAACCACCUCUAUUCACAGUAUAAAUAAUCCAGCAUCCUCGUACCAGUCUCAUCUCCCAGUCUCAAGAACCCCAAAUAGAACACCAUACAGAAAGCCUAAUUUCUACGAUCUCAUCAAAGACCAAUCUGACUUGGUACCUUCGAGCAAAUUGUAUGCGGAUUAUGGCCUGACCAAUAGUGAGUUUUCUAUGAAUAAUUUAAGAAGACAAUCAGGUGCCUUGGCUAAUGAUGAAGAAGAUUGGAGGAACCAUGGAGCAGGGAAGGAGUUUAGCGUGAGCACAGCACCUGAAAAGUAUUUUGGGGAUUAUGGCUUGUCUAAUAGUCAGUCUGCUUUUGGUAAUCCAAGGAAAUCUUCGGAUUUUGGAGUGAGGAAGGACUUUGAUACGAGCUUUAAUAACGAGCCUUCAUCUACUAAUUUCAGAAGACCUUCAAGUCUGUCAAUCAGUAAUGAAGAAUAUUUCAGGAAUUUUGGGACGAAGAAGGAUUUUGGAAUGGGUAAAUAUUUGCCUGGUUCCAAUAACGAACCUUCUUUCAAUCAUUUCAGAAGACCAUCCAGCCUGUCAUCUGAUAAUGAAGAUUUGGGAAAUUCUAGAUCGAAGAAAGAUUUUGGAUUGAGCUGUAGGUCUGAUAGGUAUUUUAGUGAUUCCUUUAUACACGGCAAUCCCAUGAGUCAACCUAGCCAGCAUUCCAAAACUCAAGUUAAUCAAUAUUUCAAAGUUCAACCUAGCCAAUAUCCUAAAACUGAAUUUAACCAGUAUUCUAAAGUUCAACCUAGUCCAUAUAUCAAGCCUGAACCUAUCCGAUAUUCAAAACCUGAACCCAUCCGAUAUUCAAAACCUGAACCUGUCCAAUAUUCCAGACCUGAACCUGUCCAAUAUUCCAGACCUGAACCUGUCCAAUAUUCCAAACUUGAACCUGUCCAAUAUUCCAAACCUGAACCUGUCCAAUAUUCCAAACCUGAACCUGUCCAAUAUUCCAAACCUGAACCUGUCCAAUAUUCCAAACCUGAACCUCCUAUGCAAUAUUUGAAACCUGAAUCUAACCAAUAUUUCAAAGCUCAAAGCAACCAAUAUUCCAAAGCUGAACAUACCCAGUAUCCUAAAAUUCAGUCCAAGCAACAAUCUGCAGUGGGAAAUCCUAGAAUUCCUUAUGAAAGAGAACCAAAAGUAGCACGGUCCCAAUUUGUCCAAUCUCAAAGGAUCCAGACAUCUGAUGAUAGCAGACAGAUGUAUGCUCCAGAAGUAAAACACAGUUCCUACGAUAUUCCAGGGGAGUUGAACGUGUUCAGGACGACGCAGAAGGUUGUUGGAGAUGGCGUUGAGAUUGUUAAUAGUAGCAGAUGGGAGAAGCAAUUGGAGAAACAAGAAGAUCAGGAGUCUUACGAGAUCGAUGAAAAUGGUGAGCAGAUGGGAGCUGAGAUGGUGAAGCAGAUGGAUGACAGUUAUCAGGGUAAUGAACAACUGGAAUCUCACGAGGCGAUGCAGCAGGAAGAGAUUAAGAGGAAAGGAGACAUCACGAGCGAAGAUAAUAAUUCUAGGGACAAGAGUGGAUUCUCAGGGAACGGGUCCUUGGGCGAAGAUUCCCCGAAGACUAGAUUGAUGCAAAUGGAGACGAUAGGAGACGACGAUAUGUCUGAAGAAAGCACGAUAGAGACUAGGAGUGGUGUUUGAUAGUUUGGAAACAAUAAUUGGUUAGAAUUGGACAUUAUUAACGAAGACUGGAAUAAAAAUAAAUUUGUUCGAAGAAUUUUCUCAGAAUUGGAAUAAAAUUUUAUUUGAAGAAUUCUAUGACUCGAAUGAAAUUUUAUUUGAGGAAUUUUUCGAUAUAUUAGUAUUUAAUAAAAAACGAUUAAUUAUUUGACAAUUAUCUAGGUAAAAUUUUAUUCAAGAAAUUAGUUAUAAUUCUUGGGCAAGUUCGUUUUAUUCGUGCGCUUUAUUUGAAAACAAUUUUACUCGAAUCAUCUUCAAGUAAAAGUUGCGAAUGAAAAACGAAGUUAUUUGGAAAUGACGAAUAAUUUUUGAUAAAAACAUUAUUCGUUAUUGAUCUCGAGAUUUUAUUUGUUACACGAAAUAAAAUAUGCCAAAUUCCUGGCUUUACGAGCAAAAUAAAAAUAUUAGAAACUAUCUAACUUUUGUACAAAAUAUUUCUAUAAAAUUUGUAUUAUAAUAAGAAUAUUUUACCCAUUAAAUUAUACCACAUGUGAAGCAUCCUGUAUAUUUCCUCAUAGCUUCGUUAUGUAGUUCAGAUUCUAGGGAAUUAUUUUUACAGAACCUAGUGAAUAAUGUGAUUGUUGGAUGAAAAUUUGAAGAGUCGCUUUUGAAUAAAUUCUCAUAGGUGUUUUUCUCUUGCAAUAUUUAUCCUCUUGUUUAUUUUUAUGUUACGUAUUAUUUGGAAUAAUAGCUUGAAAGGUUGGAUUAAAAAUGGAAAUUAGUGAAAUGUAUCGCCAAUAUUUGGUAAACAAAAUUGCAGAAUAUCUUUAUUGUUUUUUAUCUGCCACAUCGUGAAAUUCGCUAGAUAUUUGAAUAAAAAUCUUCCGGGAUAUUCAUAUUCAUGAAAUUUUAAUGUACGCGUUUUUUGAUGCGCGAAAAUUUCUCGAUACAGAAAUAUUUGUCCGGGGCAUUCGAUCGUUACAAUACUCGUUUUAAACAGUUCAAGAAAAUCAAUUUUUCUACAUCAGAUGUGAACAGCCGCUUUAAUCUUAAGAAGAUUACUUAUCACCGCAAUAAGAAACGAUUCAUUUUCUGUAGAACUAACCUCCAAGAAAUUAGAGUGACUAUAAUUAAAAAGACAUUAACCAUAUGUUCUAAAAUAUCAUUUUGAGUAAAAGAAUUACAUUUUGUAAUGAGAUCAAAAGAGAUUUCUCUUCUUAUAGAAUAUUAUAUAAUAAAAGGACGCAUUUCUGUGACAACCUAACCUAAAAAUUAGGCUGCUAAAUUGAGAAAACUCCAGUUACACGAUAUUCUGAAGCACCAUUUUAAAUAAAGUAGUUAGGAAAUAAAAUAGGAAAAGGUGCACGAAAACAACAAAAAGAAUUCCGAUAAUAAAAAGGCACCCAAAGGAACAAUUCAAUCAGAAAUGUGCUAAGGAACACAUUAGAAAAGAAAUUGCAAGAAGGCACCAAAGGUAGUAAAACAACAACAGGUAACAGGAACCUACCAAUGCAACGUAAAAUGAAAGCAGGGAAGUAAAGUACUAUUACUUUUACUCGAUUUUUAUUUUUACGAUCUCGUUACGCCGUGCAUUCUACUAUAUAUAUGUAACUUUCCAUGAAGCUCUCCUACAAUGGUGUGUUCUAAUCAAAGAGAAGGAAGAAGUACAGUGAUUCUUGGAAGAAGAGAGAAGGCACUGCUUUGAGAUUAAAACGUAUUCUUUCUUCAAACCGACAGGGAAGAAACAAUUCGAUCAUUGAAGGGGAAAAAGAGAGACUCCUGAGGAGAAUUACAAAGCAGGUUAAGGUUUGGUCUAACCUUGGUUUGAUUCAACUUUGGACGUCGGAGGAAAAUGGUCAGUGAAAUGAGUUUUUCCCCUUUCCCGUAGAAGGAUCGGUGUAUUGUGAAAAAUAAACUGGCAGAGAAUGGGUUCUUUCAAGUUAGCAAAUUUCAUUCCCUUUUCUUCUUUUUUUAU